AUGUACAGAUGUUUUAUUUUGGCAUUGACUUCUUUUGUCAUCCACGGUUUUGUUAGCUCGCCAUUAGGAUACAUCUUCCUCUUUGUUAAUUUGACGGCUAUUGUGAUCCUUUGCCGUGGAAAAUGCGGACUCUCCAAAUGCAUCACCCUUUACCUGGUAGCAAUGGCAGCAGCUGAUCUAAUGGGUGUUAUCUCUGGCGUUGUAUUCGAGCGGAUCAAUAAUAUUUAUGUCUUUGCGAGAGUUUUGCUCAUCACUCCAAUUUGUGCGGCGACACUUGUGUUUCGCUUUGCAGUUAUGGACUGUUCUGUCUGGCUAACGGUGGCUUUCACAUUUGAUCGAUGUAUUGCAAUUUGCAGUCAAAAGCUGCGUGAACGAUUUUGCACCGAGAAGACAGCGAUUAUCGUGAUAGUGACUGUGGGCAUAGGGAGCUGUUUAAGGUCUGUUCCAUUUUACUUUGCAGUAGAUCCUUUCAUGAUUAUUAACAACGUUCCAUGGCGCUGUAUUGGCAGGGCAGAUUACUUUACUUCACCAUUGUGGAAAGCUUACCAACUGUUAUUAAGUAUCAUUACCCCUUUAUUGCCAAUCGGUUUAAUUGUGUUGUUCAAUGUUUUAACAGUCAGACAUAUUAUUGCGGCAAACAGAGUCCGCCGGGGACUCCGGAACAGCAAUGACAGUAUGAAAGAUUCAGAGGUGGAAAACCGUAGAAAGUCAAUGAUUUUGCUGUUCGCUCUAUCAGCCAAUUUCAUUUUAUUGUGGAUUCCCUUCAUAGUCUCUGCUAUGAUCUGGCAAGCCCAAAAUUACUUUUACACAGACAGAUACCUUAAUUCUCUAUCGUUUAUCGUUCAAGAGUUUGGGGUCAUGUUGCAAUUUCUCUGCACCUGCACCAACACGUGUAUCUAUACUCUGUGCCAGAGGAAAUUCAGGGAAGAGAUGAAGAAAGGAGUGAAAUAUCUGGUCACCUUAAAUGGCCGACUUUGUAGAUAA